AUGACGGAGCUCAGCAUUUUUCGUUCCUUAUUCGCGUACAAGAACUUUUUGACUCGCAGAAGACACUGGAUAUUGACCGUUGUGUUGCAAAUAGUCAUACCCUUGCUCUUGCUUCUCGGCGUGUGGCAUUUCGGCGAUCUGGUGCCGGAUAUUCGUUCGAAAAGCGAGAUCGAUCAUCGGGCAAUGAGCAGACAGUGCAAAGUAAAUUUGUUCAUCGUGCCGAAUAAUAGAUUUACCGAGGAACUCGCUGAUCGAAUGGACUAUUGUCUUCAAAUGAACAUAAACAAUCUACGGAUUGACGCUCCUGAUUCCGACGGACGCCCCUGUCAUCGCGUCAACUUAGAGAAAAAUCGAUUCGACACCGAAAAAGAUAUACUCAGAGUGUACGAGUCAUUUUACCCCAGCCAGAGGAACAAAUGGUUGGGUUACGCAUUCACAGCGGCAGUUAUUUUUAGAAACGACACGGCCAAUUAUUAUAUCAGAAAUUUCAAAUACACGCUUAAAAUACCUACCUCGCUAUCAAAAGAGCUGUACGCUAAACAAUCGACAAGUCCCGUAGAAUUGACUUAUGAGAAAGGAUUUGCCACUUUUCAAAAAUGUGUCGACGAAGAGAUUAUAAAUAUGAAAAACAAUAAUCGAGAUUCCAAACUCCAAAUCGACUUCCAAGAAAUGCCAGGUCUACAUUACGUGAAACCAGACAUCGCUGACGAGAAACGAAGACAAAUGUUCUGCGUCGCCCUAAUGCUAUCGUUUUUAAUUACUUUAUGCGUGGAAGUUUAUUUGGUAUCUAAUGAAAAGUUCUCCGGAAUUAAUGUGGGUAUAUUCCCAAACUAA